AUGUCUUUUGAUUUUGGUGAACUGUUGCGAAAGUUGCGGCUGUAUAUCGUGAACUUCAAUAUAUUCCCAUCGAUUCCGCCAACUGAAGAUCAAUACGAACUUCGCAGCCAGCGUAUCUCUACACGAUUGUUCAUCGUCCUCCUCGUUCUCUCACUGACCACUCUCAUACUCUACACAUCCCUCAUCAACAUCACUCAAACAGUCAAUGUCGAUUCACCAACCAUGGCACAAUAUAUCCAAUUAUACUCUACCUAUCCGCAAACACUAUCGUGUGAUUGCAGACAAAUAUCGAUCAACUACGACACAUUUGUGCACCUGGAUUAUAGUCUACAUCAGAUCUGCAGUAGUGUUUUCACCACUCAAGAAUGGUUCGAUUAUAUGUUACGUGCUCGUCCUUUGGGAUUUUUAUAUAACAAUGAUUUUCGUGCUAGUGGUAGAAAUGUUUUCCAAACAUUACGGGCAUUUUGUGAUUUAACCAGUCAGACCAUCGACAAUCGUCUGACUCAAUUCUAUGCGAGCCAAUUUGUCAGUUCAUCUGUGGUAUCGGAAGAGUUAUUUGAACUUCAAAUCCAAGCAUUCAUUUCUCAAUUCAUUUCAUCAACAACUAGCGACUUUCUACUAUCGCUUUCAUCGAUCAGACAGAUAACUCAGAGUAAUCUUUUAUUGCCAGCAUUACAGACUAAUUUCAUGCUUUAUAUAUAUUCAAGCUCCUAUAUAUUACCACUCUCUUAUAAGUAUGGCAACUGUAGUUGUGCAACUACACCCAAAUGUAAAGUGGAGUAUUCGAUUAUGAACGGUGCAAAUACAACAAUAUUAUUCAUUGUGCCCGGUAUGUAUUUUGGAUGCUACGCUGUUGAAUCAUUGCUGCAAUCAGAUCUUCGAUGUUUCUACAAUCGAACGUGUAUCAGCGAGAUACAAUCGUAUCUCAAUGGAUCAACGCCAAUCAAUUUUAAAGCACUGGAUCCGAAUGUAUCAGUGGGAUUCAAUGUGAACUCAACUCUGGAAGAUAUUCUUGACAAAUUAAUGGUUGAACAGUGCUAUCCAUCGAUAACUUAUGAAAGCUAUUAUAAUGAAUGUGCUCCAUCCCAAUGCAAUUACAUGUAUGAAACAAAGAACAGUGCUAUCUACAUCAUCACUACGAUUAUCGGACUAAUUGGUGGAUUAAUAACAAUAUUAAAAUUAAUUUUUCCUAGUGUAGUUAGUUUGGUUCGAAGGAGACGACAAAGACAAACGAGAGAAGCAGCAUCACCUGAACAAGAAAACAGCCAAAGUAAUGUUCAGUUACUGAAAGAAUGUAUAGAACGAUUCAAUAUAUUCCCAUCGAUUCCGCCAACUGAAGAUCAAUACGAACUUCGCAGCCAGCGUAUCUCUACACGAUUGUUCAUCGUCCUUCUCGCUCUCUCACUGACUAUUCUCAUACUCUACACAUCCCUUAUCAACAUCACUCAAACGGUUAAUGUCGAUUCACCAACCAUGGCACAAUAUCUCCAGUUAUACUCUACCUAUCCACAAACACUAUCGUGUGAUUGCAGACAAAUAUCGAUCAACUACGACACAUUUGUGCACCUGAACUAUAGUCUACAUCAAAUCUGCAGUAGUGUUUUCACUACUCAAAAAUGGUUCGAUUAUAUUCACAGUGCUCGUUCAACGACAACUUUGUACUUGAACGAUUUUCGAAUUGGCAGCACAUAUAUUUUUCAAGCACUGCAGGCAUUUUGUAAUUUGAGCGAUCAAACAAUUCAGAAUCGAUUGUCUCAAUUUUAUUCGAUUCAAUAUGUUAGUGCAUUCGUGGUCUCUUCACAACUAUUCAAACUUCAAAUCUAG